AUGAAAGCAUUGUACCACUUGCAGAUAUUGGAGGAGCACAAGGUAUUGGACGACGAGAUGCGCAAGCAGUUGAAGUUGCAGGCACAGAUCCACGCAGACCAUCUGCGCGAGGCACUGGCAACGAAGGAACGCGAGAUGGAACGCAAGAUCAAUCGCGCGCUCAACGAACACAAGGAGGAGGAGUCGAUUAGAAGCAAGACCCAACUUGCCGCGGUCAUCGGGAGGCUCCGAGGACUCGACGAGGCUCUCAAGAGUCGGCUGGAUGCGGAAAAAGACGCCAGCGAAGCUCAGCUAAUGUGGGGAGCGUGCCAGACUUUGGCCAGAGCGGUGAAGGCGGCGCCGCCAGGAACUGCGCCCGAAGAGGCACUAAGACCGCUCGAACCGGAAAUUAAGGCCAUUGCCAAGGCGGCACCUAAAGAUGACGCAUUCGUAAGCGCAGCGAUCAAGGGAAUUCCCACGGAGGCUGUCAAACGUGGCGUUUAUCCUGAGGAUGCUUUGAGAGAGAGGUUCAUAAAGGUGGAGCAAAUGGCCAGGAAGCUGGCAUUGGUGCCGGAGCAGGGAGCCUCACUGCCUCUCUACUUGCUGAGCUAUCUGCAGAGCUUCCUGUUGGUCAAGGCGGCCAGUCCCAUACCCAAGCACGAACUCGACGACAAGCCUAUCGACGUCGAGUCUCUCGACACCUACGGGGUACUACAGCGAGCCAGGUAUUGGCUGGACCGAGGUGACUUCAAGAUGACGCUGCGUUACAUGAACCUGCUGGAGGGUGCACCGCGCAGCGUCGCACGCGACUGGAUGAACGAGGCGCGAAUAUUGCUGGAGACGCAGCAGGCUAUCGAAUCGCUCGUCGCUUAUGCUGGUGCCAAUAGCCUUGUGUUCAUGGACGGCGGUGCAGAGACAAAAGAAAAGUCGGCGAAAAAGUAGCGCAACUCCGGGGAUACUUGCAUUUGGGAAUAGAACAAUAGAGCGAAGAGAAAAAAAACAGCCUGGCGCAGCAGCUCGAAGGACAAAUGAGCCAGUAGCCUUAAUUGUACAGUCACCGUCUCUUUUUAGUAAAUUGCAUUCGAAGGGAGAGGAAAGAGAAAUGCAGCCGAUCGCUCGAAUGAAUUUUUAUCCCAAUGAUAAAUAUUUGCACAUACGUCAAACUGCGAUUUCACAUACCUAUCUAAUUAAUUUUUUUGGUCAUGACUUCCGAGUUAGCGUUCGUCUUAACUUGAGCAAACAAAUUUCAAGCACUUGUUACCUGCCGUAUGACGAUUAUCAAUUUCUACGUAUGGUAUCUACGUACGUGACAUUCUACUUUUGUCCCGUGGUUGUACAGCAAACUCGAACAUCCCAAGGAGCGAGCGUUUCGUUUUCGCUGUAGAACCUCUUACAGUUUGUUUUUCUGCCUCCUCCCUACUUAGGCGACAACGUGUUCAUUUUUAAAGUGAAAAGAUUUAACUAUUACUUGACUAUUGUUUAUAGAAAUAAAAUUCAAAUUAUACAUAGUUGCCGAUUGUAAAUGUCUUUGUCUGCAAAUGACACACUGUGGAAGAAUGAAAAUUGCAAUGAAAGGAAAUUUUAAAAAAAUUUAACAAGCCUGUUUCUUUUUGUAGCACCAAAUAUCCUUUCUAUCAUCUCUUAUCAAAAUCCAUGUCAUUUCGUAUAAUCUACGCAUAAAGUUAUAUUCAGUUACUAUUGUACUCCACAUAAUUUUUUUAUUUUAUUAAAUAAGGCUAUCGCUUGUUACAUUUUAU